CAAUAUUCGCCAAACAUUCAUCAUCAUUCAUUUCCACAAUACAAUAAACUCUGGUAGUCAAUUUCAUUCCAUUACUCGAUAACGAACAUACGGGUACAAAAAGCGCGCUUAACUUAAUCGAGUUAAAUAAAUUUCAAAAGAAAAAAAUCACACAGAAUAAAAAUAAAAUUACCCCAUAUAACGCACUGAAACAAAUUUAAUCAAUUAAAUAACAAUAAAUAAAAUUAUUACUUAUUUUUUGAAAUAAAUGCACAGAAAUUGUUUUUAAAUAUAAAAAAUGUGGUGCAGUUAAAUAAUUGUGAUUAUUAAAUUAUAUGUGUCUAUUUAAAGAUUAAUCCCAAUAAAUAAGGAUCAUUUCACACUUGAAAGACAUAAGUGCUAAUACACGUUCUUGGCAUUGCAAAUACUCGUAAAUUAAAGUACAAAUUGGUGUCGGAUGUUUAUUUAAUUACAAAUAAUAAUUAAAAUUAUCAAGUGUUAUAAAAAAAGUGCAUUUCCACGUUAUUACUUACUUGUAGAUGUUAAACAAGUUAUUCAUAUUCGAUUUUAAUAAUAUGUUUAAUUAACCAUUAAACAUGACGUUAAUAAAUUAAAUCCCUUCAAAAUGUAUUAAAUCUAAACACCGUAAUGACUUGAAAAUCUAACAAGCAACAAAGUUGAAAGAAACUAUUAGAAUAAAACGUUUAAUAAUUAGAAACAACUGCAAUUAAAAAAUAAUAAUAACAACAUUAAGGAAGAGAAAUACAAUACAACUGCCAAGUUUAACAGCAACAGUCACGUUUUCUUAGCUUUUAAUAAACACUUUCAAUAUAGUGGCUUUUGUUAAACUUUGAUCUGAUUGCAGUCAUUAACCAUGGAUUCCACUGACACUGGCUGCAGUUACUCUUUUGACAGUUAUAAAUCUCGCAGCGGUACUUCGUUGAAUUAUAGCAGUGAUAUAAAUGCCAUUAGCGUUGAUUUGCCAGAACAAUCUGAUGACUUGAUUUCAUCAUAUAAUGGCUUAAAGUAUUUACCACAUUGGCCACCAGUUAAUUUGGAAUUUCACAAUUUGACUUACAAAGUACCCGAUGUGGGCAAUGGCAUGAAAACAAUUUUAAAAGAAAUUAAUGGAGAAUUUAAAUCACACGAACUUACUGCCAUUAUGGGACCCUCUGGGGCUGGAAAAACAACCUUACUUAAUCUUUUAGCAGGAUUUGGAGCCAGCAAUUUUACCGGUGAAAUUAAUAUUAAUCAUACGCCUCGAAAUUUAAAAUUAUUUCGUAAAAUGUCACGCUACAUUAUGCAAAACGAUGUUAUAGAUCCACAUUUUACGGUCAUGGAAGCCAUGAUAUUUGCGGCCAACUUAAAGUUGGGCAAUGAUUUGACCAAACAACAAAAACUAGAAGUAGUCGAAGAGAUACUUAAUAUGUUAAGAUUACAAAAUGCUGCUCAUACCAGGGCCAUACGUUUGUCGGGAGGAGAACGCAAACGUUUGUGUAUUGCCCUGGAAUUGGUUAAUAAUCCACCGGUGGUGUUUUUAGAUGAACCAACCACAGGCCUAGAUGAUCUCUCCAGCACCCAAUGUAUACAGUUAUUACGUCGUCUAGCUCAUGCUGGACGCACAAUUAUCUGCUCAAUUCAUACCCCUCCAGCCAAGCUAUUCGAAAUGUUUGAUAAAGUUUAUAUACUGGCCGAAGGUGAAUGUGUUUAUCAGGGCAGUGUUAGAAAUAUAGUGCCGUAUUUGAAAGAAAUUGGUCCCACCUGUCCUGUUACAUACAAUCCUGCUGAUUUCAUCAUUGAAGUAGCCUGUCGAGAAUAUGGCGACUAUCAUGAGAGUAUGGUCCAAGCCAUAGAUAAUGGUAAGAUAUAUCGCUGGCAACCAGAAUGUAAUUUGCAUGCACAUCAGAAAUCUGUAACACCCACCAAAUCGGACACUACAUCAGGAGCCUCAUCAUUCGAUGAUAUCGAACAAUUUGAAGUUGAUUUUGAUGUGAAAAAGUUUAAGUCAACCACUACCUGGUGGAUGCAAUACAAACUGCUAGCACAUCGUAUGAUUGUCAAAAUGUGGCGAGAUAAAUCUUAUAUAAAAUUAAAAUUUUAUAUGAAUAUCUGUCUCGGUCUGCUGGUAGGAGGUUUAUUUUUGGGCGUGGGAAAUGAUGCCACCAAGGCAUUGUUCAAUUUUGGGUUUGCCUUUACCAUAGUGAUUGGCUAUUUGUAUUUGCCCUUGAUGCCGGUGUUAUUGCAAUUUCCUUCUGAAAUGAAAUUGCUGAAAAGGGAAUACUUUAAUCAAUGGUAUGGUUUAAGUUCUUACUACAUGGCCAGUAUUACUUCCAAAUUUCCUUUCAUGUUUAUACUGGCCUUUAUUUACUUAUCCAUGGUCUACAUUAUGUCCAGCCAACCUUUGGAACUUUUUAGAUUCGCCAUGCUAUUUUUAAUAGCCAUACUAACAGCCCAAAUCUCGGAUAGUUUGGGUAUGCUAAUAGCCUCCAGAUUAAGUUUAGUGAAUGCCAUGUUUAUGGGUCCCGUUAUGGCUUGCCCUUUAAUUUUACUCUCCUUCUAUGGCAUGGGCUAUGGCAAGGAAAUCGAAAUACCCGGCCUCAUGAAAUAUAUCAUGAAAUUCAGUUAUCUACGCCAUAGUUUAGAGGGCCUAGUGGAGACCCUCUACGGCUACGAUCGUGCCGAUACAAUCUGUCCACCCAGCGAAAUGUUUUGCAUGUACAAAAACGCCCAUUUCUUGCGUAUGGUUUUGGGUUUUGAAAAUAUUGACUAUUGGACUUCAGUGGGUUUUCUAGUUCUCUUUUAUGUAUUCUUUACUGUUGCUGGUUUUAUACUAAUUAAGCAUCGCUUGUCUGCUUCAGCUGGCUCGAAUCGUUUGCUGCAGUACGUUAAUCAAAUAAUGGUUAAAUAUUUUAAUUUUACUUCCUAUAAAUAUUAAAAUGAAACUAGUUUCCUUUUUUUUCUAACGAAUUUUUUCUAUACAAACUUUAAGUAGUUAUAGUUUAAGUAGGAAGGGAAAAUGUAUUAUAUUUUAGUUAGACCAAACAUAAAGUUAAUGUUAAGCUUAAAAUAAAAAUGGUGAUAUUAGUUUAAGGUUAUUUUUUACUGAAGAGUUAUUUAAAUAAAUAAUUUAAAUAUU